GUGUUCGCGGCAGCCCGAAGAACGCGCUUGGCGCUCGAAACAAUUGGACGUCAGUGGAGCCGGUGGCACUAGGCAGGCCGAAAGACCGUGCAGGAGCAUCGUCACACCGUGAGCUGUAUCGGAGUUGGAAUCGGCGCAGCGGCAAUUCAAACUCAUCCUUCGCGUGUAGUGUGUUUUUCUUAGCGUAGUUUCAGAGCCAGGCUUUACAGCCUGUUGCAAUCAGCGGGUCUUUGGAAAUCGGCAUUGGUACGAACUUUCUCGGAUAGAUUCUUGGAAGUCGUCUCUGCGAGGGUGUGCCGUAGUCUUCCGGAGAUCAGCCGCGCAGCUCCAAAGGACAGUCGUCACGUCUUACAAGAGUGUCGAUUAUGUUAUCGCAAGCACGGUGGCGAAGCUGAAACACCACUCACAAAUUUUGUGCUUGUUUGAAGACUGAGGGAUAGAUCCACGUAGUCCGUUGACGGUGCCUUAAACUCUGUGCUCUUCGGGAACUGGCCUGUGGAGUCACUAGCCUCGAGUUAUAUUAAGCGCUGGACAGCAAGCCGCUCUCCAACGAUUCUCGUGCGCCGAUCUCAAGAAGUCUCCAAAUUCCAAGAGGCUUUUACAAAAGGCUGCAGCAGCAGGUGACUCUCUUCGCUUCUCCACGAAGUGGCAACACGUGGUGCACAGGUGCUCGAAAUCGUAGUCGAGAACACCUGGGAAGCUAUUCGCACCUUCCAGUGCUGCAUCGUCCAUCGAAGAAGCCGUCAUCACCUUCAUUAUCCCAAAGCAUGGCUCGAUCAACUGUGUGGACGACUGUGGCUGCAGCGUGCAUCAUUGUCAGCAGCUACGUCCUGCCAGCGUCGGCGCAGACGUGCAGCUUGGAGCGGGCGGCUCAGUGCCGCGAUGACGUCAUGAGGCAAGUUCGGCAGGAAAGCCGCAGCUUCAGGGGCCAGGAAAUCACCAACCUCUGUAGGUCUGUCCGGGACAACAUGGCUUGCCUGAUGUGGCACUCGGCCAACUGCCAGUCCAGAGAUCAGCAGGACAAGAGUGGUGACGUCAUACUGUCCGCGAAGUCUUUCCUUGACCGAUCGUGCGAUCUGGACGGAGGCUGGCGCGUGAGCCGCUGCUUCCAGUACGACGACGUGAAGCAGUGCGAAGCCAACUUCGUGGCCGGGGGCAAGGCGUCCAUCGUCGCCGACUCGUGCAGGAGCUACGUGGCGUUCAAGCGUUGCGUCAAGGACGUGGCCGGCCGUCGGUGUUCGGUGGAGGAAGAGCGCCAGCUGUCCUCCUACCUGGUGGACCGAGCGAGGGAACUGAGCUGGCAGUGCGGCGCCACUUCCGGAGAAGCACGGGACGUGCACAGCAUCUACCGGUCGGGAUCACCCGGAGGAUACGCCCCAUACACGCAAGCCCCGGCCUACUACCCUCCUCGGUACCUGGGGACCUCCUCCACGAGCCCCCCGCUGCCACUGGCCCCACUGCACCGAUACAAUUUCUCGGCCGUUUCCGCUUCCUCGCCCUCGUCUAGGGCGUCUUCUUCCAACGAGGAUUCGUACUGCAUGCUUCGUGCCAGCGAGUACAUCCAAGACUGCUCCAGGGAGCACCAGAGGAGGCAGUACAACGCCAGGAGAUACCACUCGGAUGACCGUGUGCGCGAGACCUGCUGCGCCACGCUAGCCUACCGGGAGUGCAUCAAGGUGGUGCUGCACGACCAGUGCCGAGACGCCGGCAGUUCGGUAAUCGACAACAUCCUCUACCAGCAGACCAGGGAGCUGGACUACGAGUGCAGGGACUUCAACGCGUACCGCUGUAGCGGCUGCAUCGCCACGACCUCCGCCGCCAUGCUGCUGGCUGCAGCGACGCUCGUGCUGCUCCGCACCCUCACGUUCGGAAGCAGCUGAACACACACUAACGACCACGCGAACACAUUAACGACACAAAAUGUGUGCCUCCACGUAGCAGACGAGACGUAUAGCAGACGAAGUCGUGGUGACGUGUCACUGUGUCCCUGGAGAAGAUUUUU